UGGUCAAAGCGACGUACACCAUUCCGCCGAAGAACAUCCCACACACUCAUCAACAACAAUGGCAAACCCUAGUCUGUUUUGGUAACACUUUUUUUUAUAGGAGCAACAAGGUUGGAAACUGUGUGUUCACACCUGAUAUAACUCCUAAAUUACCGCGCUGUUUUUAAAGACGCGUAUGCUCGUUUGUGGCUACGUUUUCGUUCUACAUUUUUCCUGAAAAUGUGCGAGGCGCUCACACAGGCUGUGCAUGUGUGUCCCUGCUGCCUUUCUGCUGGGCUACUGCUGCUAACCUAGCUGCUUCUUUUUUACACGGUGGUUAGCCUCCGUUAGCCUGGCCGCGUUUAUCAACUAGUAGAAGAAACAAAAGAUACAGACGAAUGUAAAGCCUGUUCGUGCUGUUUGAUUUGCAAAAACAGCCCCGAACUAAUCACCUAUUGUCGCUGUCGGGUAAGGGAAUAAGUGUUGUAUGAUUUAUCGUGGAAAACACUUUGCUGGCUAGCUAAUAGGCUAGCUAUUUGAUUGUGUUCGUCGACUGAGGAAAACGGCGAGUUUUCUUUGAAAGUAUGGAUGAUCAGACUAGGAUGCUGACGGGUCUCACCGGACUCGGUGGACUAUCACAGCCCGAUGUCGGUGAUCCGGACUCGGUCCGGAAACAACAGUCCCUCGGUCAGCCGCAACAAGACAUUGGAGAUAUUCUACAGCAAAUAAUGGCCAUCACCGACGAAAGCCUGGACGAAGCACAGGCCAGAUCCUGGCCAGAGGAAUCGCCAGCGCAUUGGGGUGGAUCAGACGACCCCACAGAGGGAGGGAGAGCAGGGGGGGGCAUGGCAGGGGGUGGCCUGCCACUCAACUUCCAGCACAGGAAGCAUGCCCUGAACUGUCACAGAAUGAAACCAGCACUCUUCAGCGUUCUUUGUGAGAUCAAAGAAAAGACAGUUCUGAGUAUACGAGGUGUACAGGAAGAAGACCCCCCAGACCCCCAAAUCAUGCGGUUGGACAACAUGUUGCUUGCAGAGGGCGUGUCGGGACCAGAGAAAGGCGGGGGAUCGGCUGCAGCCGCUGCAGCCGCAGCCGCAGCAGGGGGCUCACCCACCGACAGCAGCAUUGAACACUCUGACUACAGAGCCAAACUUGCCCAGAUCCGUCAGAUAUAUCAUUCUGAGCUGGAGAAAUAUGAACAGGCCUGCAGUGAAUUCACCAACCAUGUAAUGAACCUGCUGAGGGAGCAGUCUCGCACACGGCCCAUCUCUCCCAAGGAGAUUGAACGCAUGGUGGCCAUAAUCCACCGUAAAUUUAGCUCCAUCCAGAUGCAGCUCAAACAGAGCACCUGCGAGGCAGUCAUGAUUUUGCGCUCACGCUUCCUUGAUGCCAGGCGUAAGAGGCGCAACUUCAACAAGCAAGCUACAGAAGUACUGAACGAGUAUUUCUACUCCCACUUGUCUAACCCCUACCCCAGCGAGGAAGCAAAGGAGGAACUGGCCAAAAAGUGUGGGAUCACUGUGUCUCAGGUCUCUAAUUGGUUUGGCAACAAGAGAAUACGCUACAAGAAGAACAUCGGUAAGUUCCAGGAAGAAGCUAAUCUGUACGCGGUUAAAACGGCGGUGGAUGCUGCGAAUGUGUCAGCGCAAGCCAGUCAGGCUAACUCUCCAGCAACACCCAACUCAGGUGAUACCUACCUUGGCCAACGUUCCCUCAAUGGUGAGGGUCUCAACUUUACCCCCUCUCUACAGCUGCAGGUGGAUACCCUGCACCGUGCUACACACCUGACGGGCGGCUAUGAGGAGUUGUCAAGCAGUGGCCUCUUCACCCCUCAUCGCCUGGAUGCUAACAGCUGGCAGGACACCACCAACCCACCCUCGGUUACGUCCCCUCCUGGUCCUCCUGGCAGCGUCCACUCUGACACUUCCAACUGAUCUGGUGGCUUUACCUGCCUUCUCUUUAUUCCCACUGUGGUCUGCUGUUAAAAUCAUCUUGUAUUCCGAUUUUUUUUCUUUUUUUUUCCAUUUCUCCCCUGUGAACAGGCCACAUGAAGUUGUAUACACAUUUCAUUCACACUUGCUGUUCUGGACCACAGGACAGCUGUACAGUAGCUGGGAGGAAAUGCUCCUUUCACCUUCAUUCCAGUUCUCCGCUCUUUAAAAGUUAAAAAGGGGAAUGGAGCUCAGAGACAUAAAGAAAAACAUCCUUAUUGUCAAGGACUUUGGGGAAAAAAAAAAACAAAAACACAUCCAGCUGUGUAGAUGAUCAUGAUGUCUGUACAUUAUGUGUAUAUGCACGUUAACUUUACACAGUACUCCCACGGCUUGUUCAUGUGCUGUUUGACCUUUACACUCAACUCUUUGCUUUGGGAAACUGUGUGUAAUUGCCCGUAUCUGCUGAAGCCUUGGCAUCUGACAGCCAAACUGUGGUUACAGACCACCAGGGAGCUCUGCUCACCUUGCUUGUACCAAAGUGCUGCCCCAGUGUUCCUCUGAGAUUACCCUCUGCCUACUCAACACAAGACACUGUUGCAUCAAUGUAUCCUUCUGUUAGGAUUUUAAGGUGAGCAACUGUCCCCAAAACGUACGGCUCACAACUUGUCAGCUGUUCUCAUUAUGAGCCGACAUAAACGAUGUGUCAAGCACAGAUUUUAGCAUCCUUGCUAUGGGUUUCUACCUUUCUAGAAAGGUGAGGGGGAUCACUGCUCUGAACCAGGCAGGACAAGAGAUGGUAGGGCUGGUGUGAAGAGAAUAGGAGAACAUCUUUGGUUGAGCAUAUGUAACCAAUAGCUCUUUCCACUGCUAACCCAUAGAGGGUGUUAGUAGAUGGCUUGUAGACUUUACUUCUUUCUUUCUGUCCACUAGUUUAUUUGAUUGUAGACUAUUAUCUAAUGCUGUUUCACCAAGAAUGCACCAGCCACCACCAAAAAUUAGCUCAAUACGACAUCUUUAUGACAAACGGAAGGGUGGAAAGAUCGCAAGGCAUCGAUGUAUUACUGGAACAAAUGUGACAUGAACUUAGAAAUGUGACUGUCUUCCAUGCAUGUAGGACUUCUAGGUGUUAUACUGUUUUUCAUUUCCGUUUUUAGCUUAAUUUGUAUUAACGAGAAAAAAAAAAUUAAUACAUAAAGGUAAAACUAUUACAGUCAGACCAAAACCAAAAAAAAGUGCAUCACAUGUUGAUGUGUCUGUGUGGACGUGUAAAAGGUUCCUGGGAUAUAUCUUAGUCAAAACUGGCUGGUGCUCCUUCGAACUUUGUAAGCAUUAUGUAGACUGGGUGCUUCCACCAGCUGACGACACGCAAAGUGGGGUUCAAAUUAGAUUUCUUCCCCAUCUUGAAACUUAAGCUUGUGAGCCUGAGGCAACAUGUUAACAACCUGAUGUUGUACCAAAACCAAAUAUACAAAGUUCAGCAAUGUAAUAAUGCUACUUUUUUUAAACAUUGGUGCACAGUCGCCUUUUACAUUUGAGGAGAGGAGGGAAUUCUGUUUGUACCUGUGUCUCUUUGUGGUGUUGUCAUGCCUCAAGUUGGUUUCUUUUUGUUUGUUUUUGUUUUAAAUGGGGCUUCAUAAAUGAUGGGUGAAGUGAACACUCAUCACUCCUGUGAUUUGAUUGAGCAUAAAAUAAAUGCUCUGCCUUUUCUUUAUUCUUUAAUACCAUCUCGUAAAAAAAACCCAUCUUUUUAUGUUCCAUGGCCGAUUGGGCAAGGGCUUCUCUCUCUCCUCUGUUACCAAAAAAAAAGAGGCAGCACUGGGUGUAGUAAAACUCUUAAUUUGUGUGUAGGACAAAACCUGCCACAUUUUGCCGAUUUCCAUUCGUUAAAGCUGUUUUAUACGUUAAAGAUUACGUGAAUAACAAAGCGUUUUGAUAGUAAGGUAAAGCCUUAUUAAGAUUUGUCAUGAAAGAGUUUGUUUGAACCAUGUCACAAAAACAGAAGCUGAGCUUGAAAGCCGGUCACAUGUUAUCUUUCACAUUUCAUUUCCUGUUGUCUCACGCAGCAGCUUGUUAUUGCUGCGUCUCGAGUAAUGGCGUCGUCACACCAAAUUAUCAUGCCGCCCCUUUUUUUUUUCUACUUGUUGUAAUGGAUGUCACUGUACAGUUUGUGUAAUGUUUCAGUACAUUUUCUUUUUCUUUUAUAAAACUUUGUUUGGUUGAGAUAUCUACUGUUUCACAGGAUUCACGCUAACUCUUUAUUGGCUUUGAAUAUUAUUUAGAUCUUUUGUUACAUAACCAAGUUGCAGUGUAGGAUGAACAAAUGUAAUGCGGUGCUGUGGAACUAUUUAUUUUUUUUAUUUUCCUAUAACCAUUUUGUCCCCCUUUUUAAUUUUCCACAUUGGGUUUGCUUUUACUUCUUGAACGCUUCAACGACAAGUUUCCCUCGUUUGUUGCCUCGGUGAUUUGCCACUAUUGCCAUUCACCUCAAUUUAUUACAGCAGAAACAUCAAUGCCUAAAUACUUGAUGUCAAUAUAUACACUUUGUGAGCUCAUGCAUUUUGCAGCAGCGUUGUAAACUCAAUAAAAAUAAUCUUAUUGUAAACUAACAAGUAUUUUGAUCAUUCGACUGGUUUAGUUCCACAGCACCAAAUGUCUUUGUAAACCUUCAUUUGUUUGUUUUUAUUAGUAUAUUUGUAUCUCCCUCUUUCCCUUGUAUUUACCCCUCUCUCUACCUCUGUCUUUCCAUUUCUCUUGUAUAUAACCCCACUGUUUUCAGACUUGUGAGUCUGUAUGAACUCCUUUUAUACCUCAACUUUAGAAUUGAUCUAGAAAGAGUAAAACAAAACGGAAGAAUAUGACAAAAUUGUAGUGUUCUUAUUAGAAAAUUAAUAAAAAAAAACAAUUUAGUGUGAUUAUUUUUUUUCGGUAUUUCAUUUUAGGAGUGUUUCAUUUUAUAAGUUGUCACAAAUGCUCUUGUGAUAGUCAAAUGUAAUAAAAGGAGAGAUUGCACCAUC